AUGAAUCAAACACGCUAUAUAGCGCCAACAGACCUUCAUAGGGUAUUCAUCCAAUCGAUGUUAUCCAGGAGAGCUAUGAGGGAUGAUGUGACUCUGGAGAUGUAUAAAAGAGCGGUUGGAGCUUGUCAAGAAAAUGAUGGGAAUUUCCGCCCUACUCAUCCUACAACAUUACAAGGAAUGAGAUCAUUCUUGAUUGAUGUAUCAGAUAUAUUACAUGAUUUAGGUAUGGAGGUAGCUACAGGUCAAGAACAAUCUGGAAAAGGAAAAGGAUGGGUCGUAUUGCGAAAUAUAGAUCCUUCAGAAGUAGCUUUAUAUGCUACUGAUUAUACACCUUUAGAAAUUGAUUAUUAUCGAAGAGUAGUUCAAGGUAUUAUCGAAUCUUAUCCUGCCAAUUCAAUCGCACAUGGUCAAGCACUCAAUCUCGUAUCCGAAUUAGAAAGUAACAUGGCAAGACACGUUGCUGAAAAUCUGUUGAAUUCGUUGUGUUCUAGAGGAUGGUUAUCAAAGUCAAAACGAGGACGAUAUACACUUGGUGUGAGAGCUGCUCUAGAAUUAGAACCUUAUCUGAAAAACCAGUUCGACGAUUACAUGCAGAAUUGUAAGCAAUGUAAGAGGCUUAUGCUAGAUGGUGUAUGUUGUUCAAAAGAUGGAUGCGAAGCACAUUUUCACUCAUAUUGUCAUUCUAGUAUAAUGAAAUUACCUAGACCAAGUUGUCCGAAUUGUAAAAGUAGAUUUUCAGAAUUUGAACCUACUCCAGUUGGUGAGAAAGCGGUAUCAAGAGCAGAAGAUGAAUUCAAAUCAUUGAAGAAAAGGAAAAGAGUUAAUGGGAAAACGAAUGGCAAAGGGCAGGGUAAAGGAAGGGCUAGUCAGAUGAACGAAGAUGACGAAGGAACAGAAGAAGAAGACGAAGAUGAACUGGAAGAAGAGGAGAAUGCUAUAGCAGAAGAAGAACAGAAUGGAAGUGGAUUCAUAGAGAAAGCAGGUCCUUCCGGAUGGAGAGUAGAUGCAUCAUCCAGAAGAAAAAGUGUAGUUCCCGAAACUCAAUACGAUGAAGGUACUGCAGAAGGCGAAGGAGAAGAUGAGAUUGAAGAAGAGUCGGAAGAACGUCCUGCGAAUAGAAGACGAAGUAGGCGAUAA